AUGUAUGGCGUGUGGCAUACAGGAGCACCAGAUCACACAGAGAAUAAUUCUACAGCAAGUAUUAAAGGAUAUAUGAUGCUAAUUGGUGCAAACGUGAAUCCCGAUCAAGUAUUAAAUAUCACAGCCAACAAUUUGUGUAUAGGGUCAACUUACGAAUUUUCCAUCUACAUAGCUAAUGCUGUCAAAAGUCCAUCUGGUUUGAUUCAACCAAAUAUUAACUUUGAAGUUCGAACUGCGACAUCUUCACAUACUUUGCUUGCAACUUUAAGCACAGGCAAUAUAACAGAAUAUCCUACUUUGACUUGGCAGCAAUAUGGUAUCUCAUUUACUACACCUACCAGUUCAGUCGCCUUGCUUGCAAUUUCAAAUGCUCCUGGAGGGAGUGGAAAUGAUUUUGUUAUUGAUGAUGUUGAAUUGCGUAUUUGUUCAACAACGAGUCCUGCGAUGUGUACUGCGCGAUAA